AAAAUCAUUCAGGGAAGCUCCGGAGGCCAAUAAAUGGGGAACGACCAUUUAGCCUUCCCGCCAUUAUUUAUCUCCAAAUUCAAAACUCCCAGCUCACUCCAGACUUCGAACCCUAACCCUAGUUUCAUCCAUCUCUCCCUGAUGUGAUCACGAUGAUGAUGGCGAAAUCGUUGAAGGGCGCGAAUGUGUUCAUGUCGCGGAACCUGGUCCCGCCGGAACUCUUUGAUUCGCUUCACGACGCUCUCAAGCUUAACGGCGCCGAUGUUUUCCUCUGCUGUGAUCCUUCGAGGAACGGCCCUAACGAUUACCACAUUAUCUCAUCUUCCGAUCACGAGAAAUUUGAGGAUCUUAGGGCUAAGGGUUGUAAUUUGCUCGGGCCACAAUGCGUGCUUUCAUGUGCAAAGGAACACAGGCCUCUUCCGAAACAAGGGUUCACUUGUUGCCUUGCGAUGGAUGGGGUUAAAGUCCUCGCGUCUGGUUUUGACAUGGAUGAGAAGGUUAAGAUUGGGAAGUUGGUGACUGCAAUGGGAGGUGUUUUGCAUACUAAAGCAUCUUCCGAUGUGAGCUUUGUGAUUGUGAAGAACGUUUUGGCUGCAAAGUACAAGUGGGCUUCUAACAUUCUCAAGAAACCAAUUGUUACUAUCAAUUGGUUACAUCAAUGCUGGACUGAGCACCGUGUGGUUCCUCAGGAGUCAUACAGGGUUCUUCCCUUUUCUGGAUUGACAAUUUGUGUUACUAAAAUUCCAGCAGAUGAACGCAAGGAGAUGGAAAUUCUUAUCAAACAAAAUGGGGGAAAAUAUUCUGCUGACCUUACCAGGAAUUGCACACAUUUAAUAACUGAUGCUCCUGAAGGUGACAAAUACAAGGUUGCCCGAAGAUGGGGCCAUAUCCAUAUUGUUACUCGGAAAUGGUUUGAUCAAUCUAUUGCUAGAAAAGCAUGUGUUAAUGAGGAGUCCUAUACUGUUCAGGGUGGUACUGCAUCUUCAAUCAACUCUGUAAGGACACAUUUGACAGCAUCACAAAGCCAAGACAAGAGUAAUGUAAAUUUCCAAUCUGCCUCAUCUUCAUUGGCUGCAGAUUCAAACUUGCAAGCUGUUCCAUGUAGUGGGAUUGGAGAUCCAGAUCUAGAAGCGACUCUUUCUCAGAACACAUGUUCUACGUUUUUGGAUGCUCCUAUUUUUAUCAAAGAGGGGGAAACCAGAGAGCCUGCCAUGCAGGAUAAGGAUGAAAAUAAGUUAGAUGGGCUUGUUGCUGAUGAUUCUCAAACUGAGGACAGUGACUUGUACUUAUCAGAUUGCAGGAUUUUACUUGUUGGUUUUGAAGCCUCUGAAAUGCGUAAGCUAGUAAAUAUGGUGCGCAGAGGUGGGGGCUCCCGGUAUAUGUCAUUCAAUGAAAAAUUGACUCACAUAGUUGUUGGAACUCCUUCAGAAGUUGAAAAAAAGGUUGUAAGGGGCCUUGCAGCUACAGGUGUCAUUUCUGUGGUAAGGACAAUCUGGCUUGAAGAUUGUGAUCAUGAAAAGAAAGAAGUUUCUGUACUUCGGAGGCAUAUUGCUCAUGAUUUGCUCCUUCCAAAAGAUUCUGCUUGCUUGAACAAAGGAGCAGUGGUAGGCAUUAUAAACCAGGGGAAAAGCUCUACAGUUGCAUCCAGCAUGCCAGCUGACCAGUCACUGGGAAGCAUGAACACUGGAUCUAGAAUGUUAUUGGAGAAAAGCAAGCAAAGAAUUCCGGAAGUUAAUGUGAAUUGGGACAACUUUCUAGAAGAAACAGCGAGGUCUGCUCAGCAAAGCAUGCCUUCCAUAAAUGAUAAAUAUAAGAAGACUCAACAGAAGAUGGAGCAAUAUUCCAACACUCUAAAUGUUAAGGAUGGGAAGGAAUCAAGAGUGUUUAAGGGGAAGCAGUUUCGCUUUUCACAUUCUUUUCCUGAAGAUAGAAGAGCUGAAAUUGUUCAGUGGGUAAAUCAAGGGGGAGGAGAUGUAGUGGAUGAUUGGUGCAAACAGAAUGUGCACUUCGUUGUUGAAUGUCAUGGUGCUUUGCUACCCAAGUCUGUCAAUGCCUCUCAAACUACUCAUGUGUCCAGUCACUGGAUUCGAUCUUGUUUAGAGGAUGGAUGCUUGCUGGACGUCAGCAGUCACAUUCUUUAUUCUCCCCUUCCCUGCCAGAUCCCUUUACCUGGAUUUGAAAAGCUUCGCUUCUGUGUUUCACAGUAUGAAGAGAAAGAUAGAUUGCUGUUAAGAAACUUGUGCUUUGUUCUUGGAGCUAAAUUUGUGGAGAAACUGACUAAAAAGGUCACCCAUUUGCUAUGUAAGUUCACUGGGGGCCCAAAAUAUGAGGCUGCUUGUAAAUGGGGAAUAAAAGCAGUUACAUCUGAAUGGAUUUAUGAGUGCAUCAAGCAGAACGGAGUUGUUUAUGUGGACUCAUUUUGUCCAAAAGAAAUUACUGCUCAUGACCGGCAAGCAGGAUUAUGCAUUAUGAGCCAGUAUCCUACACAAGCUGCUCAAAUGAUAUCUGCUGACAAGGGUUCCCAGUUACCAACUCAAUCUCAUGACCUUGGGGACAUACCGACUCAAUCUAUUUGUAAUAGAAGUGACAGAUUUAAUGAAGAGGCAAGACAUUCCAGUGUUCACGCAAAAAGAGCAAGGCUUUUGGAAGAUGAGAGUCAAAAGACUGUGCCUCCUUCUGGAGCACAAGACAUGGAUUUUAUCAGCAAGAUGAACUCUUCUGGAACCACCAUCACUGCAGUUACCGAAGAAACUUCUCAUGUUGUUCCUGAUGUUGCUGCUGCUAUUGAGGAUUUGUUAGAGCAAACUAGUAAGAUUCAUGAUCUCAAAUCACCAGGGAGGACUGGGUGUGAAAAACAUCUUUUCUCAUCUGAUUGUUCACCCCUUGGUCAAGAUCAUGCAGAUUCUCAUUCAUCUUUCGACUUAUCUAAGCACUGGUUAAACAGGAUUGAGAAAAAAGAUGAUAUUUGCAAUCCUCCUGGAGAUGUCAAGGCAAGCACUUACGAUGGCUUUAGUGAAACACAAACAGAGUCUCAGGUCGUUGGCUAUGAAGAAGACUUAUCUGGUCGGCAAAUGAUAAUAGACAGAGUUCGAACCAGAAGUAGCAUGUGUUGAAGUUCCAUUACAGAGAUUAGGAAAGGGUAAAGGAAAAGAUAACAGUACCAGCAAAGCUAGUGAAACAUAUUUCUGUGUAAUAUGCCCUCCUUUUGUAAUAUGCAUGGGGGCAGUUUGAGAUCUGGAAUGACAUUCAGGUGACAGAUGGGUAUGCUGUUCUUGUUUUACCUUUUUCUAAAGUUCUUUGCCAUGAUAAGUUACUUAAAAGGGUUAGUAUGGCGAGAUGAGGCAACAGUUCCACCUCUAUCGUUUGGGCAUACAUGUGUUUUCCUAAUUGUAAUUUGUAUCUUGAAGCAACCUCUUAAGAAGGAAGCCAUAAAAAUCAUUUCAUUUUUUGUAA